GCCGACUCAGAUGUCGAUAAUCUGCGAAAUACAGUACAAUUGCCCCUUAUUUAUCCGACACCGACUACAGAGCCGGGACCCCCUGCCGAACCCCCGCCGUUCCGGCAGGGUAGCAUGGAAACGGCAUUUCCCCUUUGGAGCUUCCUGGGACCUCCCAACUGUUUGAGAACUCAACAUGGAGUUGUACGCACAGGCUUGCCCAAGAAGUCAAAACCCAAGCUAAGAGAGACGACACAACUGCGCCACGGGGUACAAUUACGUCGUGUUUUGGAAAAGUGAUAUCCGUAGUGCGUUGCCUUCUCUUCCUUCCACUGCAUAAUGCAUCCAUUGAAUCCUGUAUCGUGGGGUUGAAAGCACCCUCACUUCAAUCCCGUCGGAGCUCCCUGGUUGACAGUGAAACUAGCCCCUCAAUUGAUUUCGCCCUUCAAGUUGGAACGAGGAUUCAAUACUCAUUGCGAUCCACAACUUCCAAAAAGCUCACAAUGGAGCCCGAUCUCUCAAGCAGCAUAUCUCUGCACCCGCAUCCCUUCAAGACGCAGUCCGAUUCGGCAAGCAUUCCACGUCUGGGGACAAGAUCGCAAUCUCCCGCUGCUCCUGCGUCCAGAGGGGGCGCAAACAGCACAGCAGUCGAAGCUAACGAUGGUGGCGACGAUGCCGCUGUCGCCCGGCAUCCUACAGUCGCCGCCGACGACGUCGAGGUUGAGAGUCAGCGAGCUGGCCGCUUCCCGCUCGUAGCUGCGGGAAACGACCCAUACGGUCUAUUUCAGCGGUACAAAACUGCAUCGCAGCUGGCUGAGAUCAAGGCAAAUACUCCCCGCAAGCGGGAUGCUGCCCAUGUGCCCACGCCUACAGGCAAUGCAAGCAAGUCCAGGCCCGCCGGCAAACUGGAAAAGUACAUCAAGCCAUUCGGGAGUUCGGCAACCACAGCCAGACGGCUCGAGGGCUUCUAUCAGGCCCAGAACGAGACCAUCGAGCGGCUGCUCAAGAGCGUCGAGGAACACCGCGCCGAGGCGCGCCAGGAGCAAGGCGAGGACCAGCUCAAGUUCCAGAUUGCCGUAUGGGGGUCGCUGGUCGCCAACGUAGUCCUGGCCGCUCUCCAGCUCUACGCAGCCAUUUCGUCCGGCUCGCUCUCACUCUUCACCACCAUGGCCGACGCCAUCUUCGACCCGCUCAGCAACGUUACCUUGAUCUUGACCAACCGGGCCGUGCGGCGCGUCGACCCGGCGCGGUUCCCCUCUGGCAAAGCCCGCCUCGAGACGGUGGGCAACAUCACUUUCUGCUUCCUCAUGACGGCCGUCUCGCUCAUCAUCAUCGCCUUCUCCGCCCGCGAUCUAGCCGAGCACGACGGGGACCUCAAGCCCUUCAACCUGCCGUCCAUCGUUUCGGUGGGCGCCGCAUUCGCGACCAAGCUCUCCCUCUUCCUGUACACGUGGUCCAUCAAGGACAGGUACAGCCAGGUGCGCAUCCUCUGGCAGGACCACCGCAACGACCUGCUCGUCAACGGCUUCGGCAUCCUCACCUCGGUGGGCGGGAGCAAGCUGCUGUGGUGGCUCGACCCGGCGGGCGCCAUUUUUCUGUCCGUCGUCAUCUCGUCGCUGUGGCUGCGUACCGCCUUUACCGAGUUCCUCCUGCUCGUCGGCGUCGUCGCCUCAGUCGAGAUCCAGCAGCUCAUCACCUACGUGUGCCUGACCCACUCGCCCGCCAUCCGGCAGAUCGAUACUGUGCGCGCUUACCACUCGGGCCCGCGGCUCAUUGCUGAGGUGGAUAUCGUCAUGGACCCGGACGCCUCGCUCCAGGAGACGCACGAUAUCGCCGAGGAGCUGCAGAUCAAGCUCGAGAGGCUGCCUGAUGUCGAACGGGCCUACGUCCAUGUCGACUACGAGACGACGCAUAAGCCGGAGCAUGCCUAUAAGAAGGAUCUGUGAGGCGCGUUUGAAUACGUUUCGUGCGGGCCUAUGGGAGCGGAAUGGGAGAGAGAAUAUCGGGCGGAUGAUUGCAUGGUUCGGAGGGUUGCUCUGCUGGUUAGGGUAGCACCUUUGACGAUGUGUGUCUCCCUGCUGAUAAGGAAUUGGGUAGCAGGGCAUGCGAAGUUGGCUUGUAUGAUAUCCUCGGGCAGUAUGCCAUGUUUGCGAUCUGAUUGUGGGAUGAUAAAAACACGGGCACCGAUGGCUUGUUGCAAACGAGGCACGACCAUUAGCCUUAUAUUCUCAACAUGGGAAUAUCUUCAUGAUAUUGGCAGUGCCUGCUUAUUAGGUACUUAGGGUAGCGUUGCUUGCAGUGGUAGUCGUCACGACAGAAGGCGUCCAGGCGCUAGUUGCGCACUGGGAGGAGGUCGGGAGAGGUAGGUGCCUUAUUAUAACCGGGCAUGGACGUUUGCAGUCACAUCACACGCCUUUGAUUAUUCCCAUGAGUUUGCUCUCAAGGG